AUGCCAUUUGAAGCUACUGUAAUAUCAGAUGACUCUGAUAUCGACGAGCUACUUUUCGAACCAAAACAAAAAAAACCAAUCCUUAGCAAGUCCAAAUCGCCCGGCGCGAGUUUUGCUACAACCAAACCAACAGAUGUUAUAAAUAUUGAAGAAAGCGACGAUGAUAUAUUCAUCAGUGGGUCGCAACUAAAGUCUCCAGAAAAAAUACAACAGCAGCAGCAAAGCAAAACAACAACAAACAAUAACAGCGACUUUGGCAGGCCCAGAUCGCAGAGCAGUUCGUUUAACUUUCUCAAUGACCAAGACUCGUUUGAAUUUUCUCCAAUUAAACUGGCUCCUCCACCUCUUGUAAAAGCAGCAAGCGGUACUAGUGUAACGACAACAACAGUAACUACAAUGACAUUCAAAGAGCCAGUAAAACGUACAACCUCUAAUAUUAAUAAUACCAAUUCCAUAUCUCCGUUCCCCUUUUCUUCAUCACCCUUAUUUGUUUCCAAUAAUAAUCCUGAUGAAUCUGACGACUGUAUGAUUUUGGAUACACCUAAACCUGUUUUAAAUAAGAAUACCAAUGUCAGUCCACUUAACCGGUUUAACACCAUGGGGCCUCUGUCACCCUUAAAAAAAACCAUUUCAUUACCUGUGACUACUUCAUUGUCUCCCAGUAAAAAAGAUUAUUCAACUACAAGAAAAGAUCCGUAUGAUUUUUUGUCAAGUUCACAGUCUCCUCCACGCUCGCAGAUUGCACAACCAAUAAUUACAUUGGGGAAUGAUUCAGAUGACGAAAUUGAUAUUGUAUCUAUAGCAUCAACACAGCAAAAAAAACGAAGGCUUACAGUAAAUGGUUCAAAUACAUUGAAAUCUGCAUCUACAAUUACUUCAUCCUCUUUAACGCACACAAGCACUUCGACGUUUUCAUUUAAAGAGUUAUCUAAAAGUACCUUUUCAUUGAGUUCUAAUGCUAUCAAAUCAAAUAAUGCAAGCUAUGGAUUUUUGGAUAGUGAUGAUGAUAAUAAUGAUAAUGAUAAUGAUAAUAAUAAUGAUAAUGAUAAUAAUGAUAAUAAUGAUGGGGAGCCAGAAAAGGCUUGUAAAAAACGUUCAAAAUAUGAAUUUUUGGAUAGCGAUAGUGAUGAAGAAGACGUUGAAUUUGGGUUUUUUUCUCGACCCAUUAUUAAUUCAGGAGUACCCAGUCGAAGUAGCAGUGUUGGAGCACCAGCAAAUAAAAAAGUACGUACAGCAACUCGAGCAUAUAAAACGACUUCAGAUCUUGCUAAAAUACAGCGUGAGCAAGAACGAGAAAGAAAGAGACAUGAGAGAGAACAGGAAAAAUAUCAAAAGGCUUUGGAAAAAGAAGCCAAGAAGAUGGAAAAGGAAAAACAACGUGAAUUGAAUCAGGUUAAUCAGGUGAAACGUACUACUAGGGAUAAUGCUGUUCACGAAUUGAUACUGCAGUGUCACACUAGUCUCAUUCAAGAUUUGGAAAUGGGGAAAUAUAUAGUUCAGGAAAUAUCAGAAAAGUAUUCGUUACCCUUGCAAAAGAUUACAUCCAGUGAACGGUUAGUGUUUGACAAAGCACAGACUCUUUGUUUAUAUCGCAAGGUGGUUGCAGAAUUUGACAAGGAUGAAGGUAUGUUUAAGCCCAGGCCUGAGAAAAUUGUUGAGGAGCCUACAAUAAUUGUGAUGUGUAAGGCUGAUGAUUAUGCCAAUAUUGUUAAGACGGAAGAGAAUCUUGUUAAACAUGCAGUAGCCAUCAAAAAAAGGCAUCCUAAUAAGAAGGUCAUUUAUGUUAUUGAAGGUGCUGAGCAACUUAUUAAAAAGGUUAGAAAUAAAGCUAGCCGUGAUAUGCAGAAUCGGGUACGGCAGAUGAUGGGGGAGUCUUCAAAUCGGCGGAAACGUAAUCAGAAUGAGAGCAAUUCUGAAGAUAUACAACAUAUUAAUACGUCCCACUUUGAAAACACAUAUAUUCUAUUACAAGUACGAUACCAGUUUCGUGUUGUUCAUACAGGUGGUGUUGCGGAUACUUGUGAGUGGUUGGUAGAUAUGCUUCAAGAUAUUGGGACUGAGUAUUAUAAGAAGUUAAAAGCUGAGGCCAAUCCAGAUUCAGAUGUUAGAGUCAGGAGUGGUAACAAUACUAAAGAAGAGUUUGUGAAUGCUUUGGAACAUAUCAAGUUCGUAACACCUAGUGUAUCUUUGACUGUUUCAAAUGAGUAUAAAAACAUUUAUGAGUUAUCAAAGGAAAUGAGGAAUCCUGCUGGGGUCUCUGAGUUGGCUAGUCUGAAAAAGGGCAAGGCGUCCCAGCGCAUUGGAGGGGCCCUUGCUGAAUCCAUUCAUUUAUUACUGACUAGUGAUAAUCCCAAUGUGUUUCUGUCGGAGUCUUGA